UCACGGUCACCAGACGCCUACACCAGACCAGAGGCCACCAUCAUGACGAGGGACCAGAAUGGAACCUGGGAAAUGGAGAGUAAUGAGAACUUUGAAGGCUACAUGAAGGCCCUAGAUAUUGAUUUUGCCACCCGCAAGAUCGCGGUACGUCUGAGUCAGACGAAGAUCAUCACUCAAGAUGGUGAUAACUUCAAGACAAAAACCAACAGCACGUUCAGAAACUAUGACUUGGACUUUACCGUCGGGGUGGAGUUUGACGAGCACACGAAGGGCCUGGACGGCCGGCACGUCAAGACGCUGAUAACCUGGGAAGGCGACACUCUGGUGUGUGUGCAGAAAGGGGAGAAGGAGAAUCGCGGCUGGAAGCAGUGGGUGGAAGGGGACAAGCUGUACCUGGAGCUGACCUGUGGUGACCAGGUGUGCAAACAAGUGUUCAAAAAGAAGUGA